GUACACGGGCUGACAGUCUUUAUUAACAGUGCUUGUUGUCCCAUUUGCGGCACCCAGAGCCUUCUCCUCCCCGCCCCGGCACCUCUGUCCGGUCCUCUGUUCCCUCGUUGCUCCUACGCACCCGUUUCCACAGCACCCUGACUCCCCUCUGGUCCCUCACGGGAGGCUACAAACUCCCCCAUCCGUGAUACAUAUAACAUGCAUGUGCUGGGACCGCUGUGUGUGUUGAGAUGGGUGCAUGUUCUAUGACUGGUACUGUACACAGUACAUGCAUACGUGUAACGAGGAGGCCGGUGCAUGUGCUGAGCUGAGACUAUUGCUAGAUGACUCUUCAAAAGUUCAUACUGGGCGGUGUGCAUCAGAGGGAGAAGAAAUGGGUGACUGUUGGUGACACAUCCCUGCGGAUAUUUAAGUGGGUUCCUGUUCUCGAUGGAAGAGAUAAGGAGAAAGUGAAAGGAAACUCACUUCUGGACCAAACCUCACCCACUGCCAACUCCUCUCUCCUGCUGGAAUUUCAGGAUGAGACCAGUAACCAAAGCUCCCUGUCUGACGUCUACCAACCAAAGGUGGAAAGCAGCACCUCCAGCCCCAGCCCCCAACAUAGCGAGUCCCCCAGUCCAGUGCACACAUCUGACUCUCAGCCGCCAACGCUGGGACAGGAGAGCAUGGAUGAGCCUUCUGUGCCUGUUGCUGAGGUCGCUGAUGAACCGCCCACUCUGACAAAGGAGGAGCCUGCUCUUACUGCAGAUCAGGCUGAAGAUCUGGAUGAGUCCGGAGCACCACCAUUGAAGAGAGUGUGCCAAGAGGUGCCUUCGCUUCCCCCCACUGCUUUAAAGAGUUAGUGCCCGACUUGGAUUUGCACUUAAUCCUCUUGCUGUGACAGUCUGUGAAAGCCUUAGUUGACAAUGUUUGCACUUGAGGCUGGAAUAUGUGCAAUUACUGACCAUGUACCUUUCAAAGGGAAAAAAAUAUUACCUGCCUCAUAGAGGCUCUGUCCAAACUGCUAAGUCAUUGAAUAAUGUUUUGCUUUAUUAUCAACAUUAUUCAAAGGUACCACACAGUACUAAUGCUUUCGUCAUUUCCAGAAAAGGCCUAUAGACUAUUGUGCCAUAUAUUCUUUUUCUUGUUAGUUUGUCAUUUUAAUAUGUGCAAUUUGAUGGCUUGCCUCUUCUUCUAGGAUGAUUGUGAAGCAUGGUCUCCUAGGGUUCAUAGUUCGUUCUACAUCUUCUAGUUUUGAUUAUAUCAGAAACCGAUAAAUCAGGAUUUAUAACAUUGUUCUUGCAGCCAUUUAUGACAGACCGCUCCACCAACUGGCCAGAGUCAGGCAUCUCCACAACCUGGCCAGAGUCGCCCAUGUCCAUCCUGCCUCCUAUGCCAGGCCUCUCGACCACCUGGCUGGUGAAGUUAAUGACCUUACCGCCACCUAUGACCGGCCUCUCCACCACCUGGCCAGGGAAGUUCAUGACCUUACUGCUACCUAUGACAGGCCUUUCCACCACCUGGCUGGGGUAGGGCAUGACCAUACCGCCACCUAUGACAGGCCUCUCCACCACCUAGCCAGGGAAGGGCAUGGCCUUUCCACCACCUAUGACAGGCCUCUUCACCGCCUAACCAGGGAAAUUCAUGUCCAUCCUGCCACCUAUGACAGGCCUCUCCGCCACCUGGCUAAGGAAGGGCAUGACCUUCCUGCCACCUAUGACAGGUCCCUCCACCACCCGGUCAGGGAAGUUUCUGAAGUAUAACUGAAAUUUUGUGUUGUCAGAUACCAAUGUUGUUUUUAGUACCAACCCCUAUAAAUAAUAAGGUGUUCAUGUAUUAUCCACCCCCAUCAUUAUACAUGGUGGAGUCACAUUAUUAUGACCACCAGCUAAUAGUCAGAGUAACCACUGUGUGCAGCAGCCAGAUGGGCUGGGAGUUAUUCUAGAAGAUGCUGGUAGGUUGGCACAGUUUCCAUGUCGGUUAUUCGCAAUAGGGCAAAUUUGCAUCUUCAAAGCAGCACUCGAACAGUUCACAAACUGCGCUGUUUCAGAAAUACCGCCACCCUUGGUCCGAAAGCCGAUAAUCUUCCCUUUUUGCAACUCUAAUAAAUCCCCUUUUACCCAUGACAGCAAUGAGUGAUGUGUGCAGACGCCCUAUUGCACACUUUAUAUUCCUGUCAAGCCAGCGCACAACACGUGACAUACUUCAUGGGCUACGUGCUGCUGACGUCAAAUGUAGGCGGUGGUCAUAAUAAUGUUUCUCGACCGUGUAUUAUUAAGAAAAUGCUCCAUUCCAGACAUGAAACAAAGAGAUCUUAUAUAUUGUGUUUUACUACAGUAUUUCCCGUUCUCCUAUAGUGUUGAGAACAUUUGGCGCUGGAUGUAUUUCAGCACAACAAAAUAUAUUUUUAAUAAAUGAAGUUAUUUGAAA